CACUAAUCUGUCAUUCUAAUGUAUACCUAUCGGCUUUUUUCUUUUGAAUAGGAAAAAUACAUUUAUUUUCUUUAAAAAAAUCUUUAUUUACAUGGUUAUAACAUUAAUAAAAAAACCUUUUGAAAUGUGCAAGUGUUAUGAGCUUUAACAGUACAUAAUUAAAUUAAUAACCUUAAAGUUUAGCUUUAGUUCUACUCAAGAUAUCUUUUAUAAAUAUGCUAUUUAAAAAACUUCGUAGUUGCUUGCGGAUAUUUCCCUCGAAUACAAAAUAUAUAAAAUACACAACGGCAAGCACUUCUGGCAAUACUCCAGAAAAAGCUGAAUUUGAAAAUGUAUUUUCAUUUCCAUUUAUAAAAUACAUGGCUAUGGUAAACAGAUUAAAAGUUUAUCAAGGGCUGGCGUCUUGCAUUGUUGUUCCUAGCUGUGGAAUAUUGGAAAUGAUGAAUGUUAUUCCUGGAAACACCUUUUAUGCCGCUGCAUAUACAGGCAUGACUGGAGUUGCUGUUCUAUCUUUAUUUACUUUACCAUUUAAUAAUGUUAUUGGUCAAUUGUAUAUCAGUGAGGAUAAUAAACAAAUCAAAAUAUCUUCUUUAAAUUUUUUUGGAAAGAGAAUUGACAAAAUUGUCAAUGUUGAUGACUGGGUCCCUUUAUUAGAUUUAGCACCUAAAACUACUGAUGCAUUUUAUUUAAGUCCACAACUCACUGAUGGUACAAAAUAUAAAUUAUUUGUUAAGUUUGGAAUUGUGAGAAAUUCUCAUAAGAUGGGUCAAGUUUUAGAAUAAAAACUUAGCCUCCAUAGUUAAUCUUGACUGGGAAAAAAUAGAAAAAAAAGAAAAUGUAUAUUAGUUAGGGAAAUAAAUAAAUAAUAAAAAAAAUCA